AUCUCUUGCAAAGACUUCAUCAAAAUACCAGUGCAAACAUGCUAAAAGCUUUUCAGCUACUAUAAUGAGUGUUUGAUUGUUGCAUUGUCAACAAUCACUCUCUGCGGCACAUGAACAGUAUCUGAAAGCAUCAUAUUAAAUACAUUUAAGAAACAUUUUUAACCCAAUCAAGUAACUAUGUUACCUUCAGUUGUUAUAGAAACGCUACAUAUGUCAAAUAUAGUUUGGUCUUUGUCUCUUUAAGAAGCUCCUACUCCAUCACAACAAUGCUACUCCAUUAUACAACCAUUCUUGGGAGCAUCGGACUGAGACAAAUCAGCAGGUCUAUGAGAGGUCUUCUGUUUCUGUAGCUCUCUGGUGCUUUCCCUUUCAGCUGCUUGCAGUUUGUUUCAUUUUCACCGAUGCAACUCAUUUUGAGAGUUGUUGCAAUAAAAGCAAUACAGUCGCUGAAAUAGAAACUCUUUGGCAGUUUUUGGUCAACUGAUAAGUGGCUCAGCCUCUCUCUGACAGCUAGCUGAAGUGCUGCUCUGCGCCUCAUGUCCAGCCAAUCCAGAGGCUUUACUUUAGCUUUUUAAUGACAUUUUUGUGAAAAUGCAUGAUGGAAAACCGUAAUACAAUUAUACCUUUAGUCUAAUUUUGAAAAAAGGAAAAGUGAAAAUAUUUUUCCGCCUACAUGUCACAACCACAUUUUGUUAUCUAUUUUAUUAAGGUUUUAUGUGAUUGACCAACACGAAGUGUUGCAUAACCUUGAAGGGGAAGUAAAAUGAUACACGGGUUUCAACAAUUAAUAGAAAAGAAAAGGAAAAACCUGGAAAGCAUGAGCUGCAGGUCCACUCCUUCCAGCACAUCUAGACACUAAAAUUCUCCUUGGAUCCCAUUUAAGGGUAUCAGAGUAAAAGAGGCUGUGCAGAAAUGCAAACCAGAGUUGUUGUUGUUUUUUUUUUAAUACAUAUCCUGGAAAUCAUGGGCAUAUAUAAUGUCACUUCGCAACUGUGAAGAAGGGCAAAGGCAGAGUCAAAUACACAAAAGUGGUUAAAAAAUUAAUAUAGGCAAAAAUACAGAGGAAAAGAUGGCUGAACCGUUUGCUGGUAGAAACAAAGACAAACUGGUAUUGAAGGAAGAGAACACACUCACCAAAUAAACACAGGAGGAGGAAAAGAUGAUUGUGAGCAGGUGCUUCCAAUCAGGCUGGCUGGAGACGAGCCAGAAGCAGAGAGAGGUGGAGCAAAUCAAAGCUGCCAUGUAGCGUCAUUUCAGAUCAGGGCUCUUCAAAUCCAGGCUGCGCUGUCUGGUGUCCUGCAACCGUUAAUGUGUCCUUGGUCCAACACACCUGAAUCAAAUGGCCGAAUUAUAUCCUCAGCAUGUAGUCAGGAUCUCCAUGACCUUCUCGUGACCUCAUUAUUCAGCUCAGACACAUCCAAAAGUUGCAGGACACUGGGCCUCGAGGAUUGGAGUUGAAAACCACUGUUUUAGAUCCCAGUGGUUUAAGCAAAUAUAUCAAGGUCUGUUAAACUAAAUUCAAAGCAAAAACCUGGCUUGCAUUAAUCCUUAAAAAAAGAAAAAAAAAGGUCUUUACUUUGUUCUGUUUGUAGUUCAACAAGGACAGCUGGCGCAGAAUAAAAGGGGAUUUUAUGAUGACAGAUACUUCAAAUUGAGAAAUGUUUGCUUCUGGGAACGCUCCCCUUUUCUUUUCGUUCAGCCGCAGUCAGUGAAAUAAAGCAACACCAGAUGUUUUGAAGACAUGAGAAAAAUCAGAGUCACUCGGAGAUAUCACGAGCGACGCAACGGAAUUUGAAUGCAUGCAGGACGUCGUCGGUCUUCCUGCGGCUUAUCUUCAUGCUCAGGCAAAGUCUGAAUGAUUUCAAAUGCGAGGCUCCGCAGGGCUAACACGCCACAUGCACGCCUCAUCCGCGAGGCCACCCACUCCACUCUCUCCAUCCGCUUUCUGUUCCUAAACUUUUCAUUCUCUCGCACUUCGCUGCAACAGGACGGACUGCGGCAAAAUCAUAACACACAAAGCAAUCAGCCAGGGUACGCGUUAUUUAGCCGAGCAGCCGCAGCUUUGCAGAAUUUUUGCUGGAAGCUCUUAAGAGCAAAACCCACAACGGCCCAAACAAACAAACGGAGCUGAGACUGAAAAGUGUUGGCGUAGUCGGGGAAGCAAAUGGAGAGAGAUGUAGCUGCAGCAGUAUGGAAAUCAGAAAAAAUAAUGCUGGUUUGGGUGUGUGUGUGGAAGUCUGCGUGUGCGUGUGCGUGUGUGUGUGUGUGGCGGCUGGUUCUGGUCAGCUGAUGGGUUUUGCUGAGUGCGAUUUGUUGGAUGUGCCUGGCUUCGGCUGAACCUCACACAGCUGCAGUCAGUGUGUGUGUUGGAGGACGAAAAUGAGAGCAAGAGAGAGAGAGAACACAAGAAGGGAAGAGAAAGAGAGAGAGAGAGAGAGAGAGAGAGACAUGCAGGGCUGCCAGUGUGUCAGCUCAGCAACAGCAACAUUAGGAGCUGCAGGCUGAAGCAGAGCAGCUUUGGGAAAACCUCCCCAAGUUUUCAGAGCAGGACUGCUUGAAAUGACAACCACAGGGCCUUGAUGGAGCUCUGGGUGUCUCACUUCUAGAGGAGAACACAUCAACUCUGGCGGGACCGGAGGCCUGAGCCGACGCCGGUUUCCGAUAGACGAGGCUGAGCUCAUCCGGAGCGGAUCGGGGUUGGACUCGGAGGCCGCGGCGUUGGAGAAUGGGGUGCUCGGCCAGUGUGGUCUUGCUGCUUCGCUCGGUGGGCGGAGCCGACUGUGGUCACAUAUGUUCACGGCAGGACCAGGGGUCAGUGGAAGCUGCGACUCCCACUUUGGAGGGUUACAUCUCCACCAGUUCGCCUCUGACCAUCGUUAUAAUGCAGGAGAAGCCGAAGCUGAUCGAUCCUCUUGACUAUGAGGCCGUCAUCUCUGAACUUUGGGAGGAGCUGAAGGAGGACCCGCUCAGAGAGCUGCUCCUCUUCCCCGACAAUGAUUUCUCGGUAAGUGAAAGUUUUCGUGGAGAAAUCAAUCUGUAGGGUUCCUAUCUGCAU